CAAGCUUUCCCGUGACAACCUCAAGCCUCAUCAACUUCACUUCUCGCUCCCCAACUUCUACUCCACUACCUCCUGACCAGCUUCCAAUCUCCCAGAAUUAACAGGUUCUUGGGAAUUGAAUUCGGAUCUGGAUCGCUCACCCUCGCGCUAUCUUCUCAGUCUCCUGUUUACCCGUUCAGAGGCAGACAAUAUGGUCGCGGACGCUUUGAUUUAUCAUCCGACAGUGUCGCACUACUUGAAAUAUGUCGCGACGACUGUGGGUCGCGACAAGGUGCUCCGAACGCUCCAAUACUUCUCGCGCUUCCUGGCCUGGUACCUAUACCGAACCAACCACCCCCAGUCCACCAUCUCACCCUUCGAAACCACAAAGAAGCAAUUCGGGUUAACCCGAAAGCUCAUGCGCGUGGGAAAGUUCAUCGAGCAUUUUAAGGCCGCAGCCGUGGCGAGUGACGCGAAGAGUAUGGAUCCUGUGUUGAGGUAUUUGGCGGUGGGCAGGCAGCUAGGGUAUGCGGGGUAUAUGUUGCUGGAUAAUGCUACUGUGCUGGACGCAACAUCCAUCCACAAAUUCGCCUCCUCCCGCUCCCAGCUCCUCUUAACCCAAGCCUACCGCGCCUGGUUCGCGGGCAUCACCUGCUCGAUCCUCUCCUCGCUGUACUCCCUCUACAAGCUGAACUCUCGCGCUACUCAAAUAAACGAGAAGAACGGCGAGGGCGUCGUCGAGCGCAAAAAACUCGAACGGGAGACCAAUGCUGUGAGGAUCCAGCUUGUGAGCGAUCUUUGUGACAUCACGAUUCCGAGUGCGGCGUUGGGGUGGGUUGGGUUUGAUGAUGGGUUCGUAGGUCUGGCAGGAACUUUGAGUUCGGCUUUGGGGGUUUGGACGCAGUGGAAGAAGACGGCUUAGGCUGGGUUGAGGGGGAUGAGGGGACAGUCUGGGCGGGGUGUGGAUGCGGGAAUGGACGAGAAGAUGGGGUCGAGCGAUGAGGAUCAAAAUCUGAG